AUGGCAAUAUCCCCCUUUGAAGAACUGCUUUGAAAUAACUGAUGAUUUAUCUUUAUCAACCAGUACACUAGACACAGAAAAUGUCGUCCAAAUUUCUGCAAUGGUCAGCAUACCUUUUGAUCGCCCUUAAUUUGUCUGCCGCACAGACGGAAUUUCGACGUGUCUGCGAAGACCACCAGUUGGAUGUCGGAAUUCGGCGCGGACCGGAAGACGCGGAAGCAACCCACACGUGUGUGCCAGGCCCAUGGAACGGGAGGUGUUUUGUCCAAGAUGCUUUUGGUGGAUUCAACUGCACUGGCGAUUAUCAACUUCAAGGCGGACUGCCAAAUCGUGAAUCUUUAUGCUGUAAAAAACAAGGGUUUGCCCUGGUGGACUGUUUCAUACCCAGCCGGCUAUUCUCAUUUCGAGAUGGAUUCAACAUCCAGCACAGGGGAACUGUAUUAAGGAGCAUUGUAAGCUAUCCCACUCCGAACGAUCAAACCACAUUUAUAGUAGAGCUGUGUUUCCUGUACAAAUGGCGACAAGAGUUUUAUCCGGAGCUUUUGUAAUUUUGACAAUAUUGAUUAUUUUGUUGACCAGUAUUUUUCAUUUUAAGUCUUAACGUGUUGUGAUGUUAUUUGUUUUACCAGCAGUGAUUUCUGGAGGGUAUACAUGCUAUUUCUGUAACACUGCCUUUAUAAAGUUUUCUUUGAAUUUCA